AUGGACGUGGACAUGGAGAGAGUGGCGCCGCCGGCAGGGGAUGAAGACCUAGGCCGGAAAAAGCCUCCCGAAGAGGGGACAAAACCACCACAACGCAUGUCGUUCAAAGACAAACUGAUGGGGGGCAAGGAGAAGCCUCCACGCACGGAAAGAGUCGACUUGUUCGAUGAAGGAAAGAUGACUGUGGAAUAUGUAGAUGACAACCCGAUGUUGCCUCGGAUCAGAGUGGACAAAUCGGUGAUUGAAUCAAUGUGUGCACCAUGGACGGAAGCCUUGGUGGUUUGCUUACUAGGAAAACGACUUGGUUACCGGACAAUGAAGGCUAAACUGGAAAGCACUUGGAGACCAGGAGGAGGAUUCGAUCUGAUGGAUGUAGACAACGGGUUCUACCUGGUGACGUUUGAUAGAGAGGAGGACAAAAACAAGGUGAUUGGGGGAGGUCCAUGGAUGAUCUUCGACCAUUAUCUGGCGGUGUCGACGUGGAGCCCGGAGUUUAUUUCGCCGGUGGCGAGAGUUCAGAGGACACUUGCCUGGAUUCGCAUUCCGGGUCUGAACGUAGCUUUCUACGAUGAAAGCUUCCUGUUGUCGGUAGCUCGAGUGAUUGGCAGACCAAUCAAGGUGGAUACCACCACUCUCUCUGGGGACAGAGGAAGAUUUGCACGCAUUUGUGUCGAACUUGAUCUCACAAAGGCGGUGAUUGGUCGAUUAUGUAUUGAGGACUUCUGGUAUAAGGUGGAGUACGAAGGCCUCCAUGUAAUAUGCACCAAGUGCGGCUGCUACGGCCACCGGAGCAGAGAGUGCAAGGGUGCUCCGCCGGAGAGGAUGAAGAAACCGGCGACGACUGAGUCUUCAGUAACAGAGAAAGCAGGUGAGGGGCCGACGGGCACAGACAGUCAGUCUAGAAUGGAGGAGGUAUCUGCCGGCGGUAAGGAUACCCCGGCAGCAACAAGACGGGAAAUGGCCUCGGGUGGGCCCCCCUCCAAUGCGGUUAAUGAUGGGGCGAGCAUUGUGGCUGACAAAACGGAAACAGAGAGCAAUCCUAGUGCUUCAAUUCCAAAUAUUGCUGCGAACGAGGUGGAGAUCUUGGGGGACUGGAUGAUAGUUUCUAAGAAAAAGAAGAAAAAUACCAAAUUAUGGGGCAAUGAUGGGGGAACAGUUAAUGGGAAAUCAAAAGCCAAUGAUGAGCUACGAAAAUCAAGGGGAUUGGCGGUGGCCCAGGGUCAAAACGACAAAGAGGAACGUGGAAAAGAACAACGACCAGCUAGGGAUUCUCGCUCCUAUAACAGCAAGAUGGAGAAAACGACAACCAAUCAGCGGUAUGUGAGGGAAAAAUCAAAAUCCGUGGGGCCCUUUCCCGUUUUUGCCCCAGAAACCCUAGCUAACAAUUCCAACAUGGAUUGGUUGUAUGCAAAUAAUAAAAAAAGGCGAACAAGAACAGAAGAUGGUCCGGGCCCACUAAAAAUCCUAACUGAUGCAAUGGUGUUUGGGGAAUCGAGUAAGCACAAAGAGGAGGUUGAUAAACUCAACAACAGGCUCCAAAAUGAGGGGGGCAAGGCCACCCUUGAGGGGGAAUGA